CAAACUCUGCACAGACAGAGUUGAUCCAGGUUCACCUGCACUCACAUCUCUGCUCAUGUCUAUGUGGGGGGGGAGCAGCAGCAGCAGCAUGAGCAGCAGCAGCAGCAGCAGCAACAACACGGGACACACAACCCAAACCAAACACGCUCAGCACAAGAAACAAGGGCUGCAGAAACCUCCCAUGCGGAUUGGUCUGUGCAGCUGUCGACGCCGAUGACGUCGCGCAGUGAAACACGUGGGCCACGACAUCCAGAGCUCACAUAAACAAAGCCACAUUGGCCAAGACUGGGUAGUCGAAGCUGGUGUCGCUGUCAGUACGUGUUGUUACGCAGUUCGGUCUGUCUGUGUCCUGGUACUGUUGGGUCUCUGACGCACAGGAGUGGGAGCUUUUACACAAAUUGAUGAAUACCCCCUGCAUGCUUAUCGCAUGGAGUGAGAGCCACGAUCCCGGUGUGAAAGAGGGGACGAACCAGGACAGAGUCGCCUUUUUAAAUCCGGACACUCGUACAACUCCUGAGAUUAUCCAUUUCAAGUGUCGCCGAAAAACUGCCACAGGAUUUGAGCCAUGCCCUGCGUCCAGGCUCAGUAUGGAUCAUCACCUCAAGGAGCCAGUCCUGCGACCCAGAGCUACAGCUGCCACACCGCGGGAGAAUACAGCUGCGACUUCCUAACGCCCGAGUUCGUUAAGUUUAGCAUGGACUUGACCAACACUGAGAUCACAGCCACCACUUCACUCCCGAGUUUCAGCACAUUCGUGGACAACUACAACACCAGCUACGACGUUAAACCGCCCUGUCUCUACCAGAUGCCCCACGCUGGAGAUCAGUCCUCGAUCAAGGUGGAGGACGUCCAGAUGCACAGCUACCAUCAGCAGAGCCACCUGCCACCUCAGACGGAGGAAAUGAUGUCCCACUCUGGGCCUAUGUACUUCAAAACCUCCUCGCCUCACGCUCCGAGUACGCCAAACUUCCAGGUCCAGCCUAAUCACAUGUGGGAGGACCCUGGCUCUCUCCACAGCUUCCACCAAAAUUAUGUCGCGGCCACGUCUCACAUGAUGGACCAGCGCAAGAACCCCGUGUCCAGGCUGUCGCUCUUCUCCUUCAAACAGUCACCGCCCGGCACUCCUGUCUCCAGCUGCCAGAUGCGCUUCGACGGGCCCCUGCACGUCUCCAUGAACCACGACGGCCCCGGUGCGCACCGCGGCCUGGACGGCCAGAGCUUCGCCGUGCCCAGUGCCAUCAGGAAACAAGCGGGUCUGGCUUUUCCUCACUCCCUGCAGCUCGGACACGGGCACCAGCUGGUGGACAGCCAAGUGCCAUCGCCCCCGUCCCGAGGAUCUCCGUCAAACGAGGGUCUGUGUGCGGUGUGUGGGGACAACGCAGCCUGUCAGCACUAUGGCGUGAGAACCUGCGAGGGCUGCAAAGGAUUUUUCAAGCGCACCGUCCAGAAAAAUGCAAAAUACGUGUGUUUAGCAAAUAAGAACUGUCCUGUUGACAAACGCAGAAGAAAUCGUUGCCAGUUCUGCCGUUUCCAGAAGUGCCUUGUCGUCGGAAUGGUGAGAGAAGUUGUCCGAACGGAUAGUCUCAAAGGUAGGAGAGGACGCCUCCCGUCCAAACCCAAAAGUCCUCAAGAUUCCUCCCCACCCUCGCCGCCUGUCAGCCUCAUAAGCGCACUAGUUCGGGCCCAUGUGGACUCCAACCCCUCCAUGUCGGCUUUGGACUAUUCCAGAUUCCAGUCCAACCCUGACUACCAAAUGGCUGGAGACAACACUCAGCACAUCCAGCAGUUCUACGACCUCCUGACGGGCUCCAUGGAGAUCAUCCGGGGCUGGGCGGAGAAGAUCCCCGGCUUCUCUGAUUUACCCAAACAGGACCAGGACCUGCUGUUUGAAUCCGCCUUCCUCGAACUCUUCGUGCUGCGGCUGGCGUACAGGUCCAACCCGGUGGAGGGGAAGCUGAUUUUUUGUAAUGGAGUUGUGUUACACAGGCUACAGUGCGUGCGUGGGUUUGGAGAGUGGGUGGACGCAAUCGUGGAGUUCUCUUCGAAUCUCCAGAGCAUGAACGUCGACAUCUCAGCCUUCUCCUGCAUCGCAGCUCUGGCAAUGGUAACAGAACGACACGGGCUGAAGGAACCCAAGCGCGUGGAGGAUCUUCAAAACAAGAUAGUAAACUGCCUCAAGGACCAAGUGACGUUCAGUGGCGGUGGAUUGAAUCGUCCCAACUACUUGUCAAAACUCUUGGGAAAGCUCCCAGAACUGCGCACUCUCUGUACCCAAGGUCUGCAGCGCAUCUUUUACCUAAAACUAGAAGAUCUCGUCCCUCCGCCAGCAAUAAUUGACAAACUUUUCCUCGACACUCUGCCUUUCUGAGUCAGACAGACUCCAUGGAGGACAACUAAAAAAACACAAAACAACAUAAAAACACUUCCAUAAAACAGACUGACUGACUGCGUGCGUCAGAGCCGUUUAUUUUGAACGCCAUUAUUUAGGAAACGAUUGCAAAAAAUCAGACGGUUAAAGAGAACAACGGGAAAAAAAAAAA